UGCCACCACCAUACUUAUUAUUAUAUUUUUUUGUUAUUUUCAGGGGCGCAGUACUUUCAAUGGGAACUACCAAGAAUCAUAAAAUAUAUCCAAAACCAUUUUAAAUGGGAUCAAGUGUCUUUAUUAAGUCACUCAAUGGGAUCCAUAGCAUCGAUGAGGUUUGCUUGCAUAUUCCCCGACGACGUCGACUUCUUUAUAGCAGUGGACAGUUUGAUAUACGACGAUUACGAUUUAAAUUUAGUUUUAAAUAAGUUUGCAACUAACAUAGUGAAAGGACUAACUGCGCUGCAACGUCUCGAGAAAGAGCCGCCAGCGUACACUAUUGAAGAAGUUACUAAAAAGUGGCAUUAUGGAACGCGGAAGUCUGUCGAUCUCGAGAGUGUAAAGUACUUAUUGACAAGAGGUGUAAAACAGUCGAAGGCGGACCCCACUAAAUAUUAUUACAGCCGCGACUCACGGCUGAAGUACAUACUAUUCACUCCUGAAGAUAGAAAGUUUGUUGAAGCUCUAGUCAGGAGGUUGAAGGCUCCUACUUUAUACGUGAAGGCGAUAAACUCGCCAUUUUCCGCAGACCCGUUCUCAGUUGAAAUGAGAGAAUUAAUUGAACAAUUGAAUGACAAAUACGAAUUUCACUUUGUACCUGGGACUCAUCAUGUGCAUUUGAACAACCCUGAAGUGUUAGCACCUCUAAUUAAAAAUUUUGUAGAGAAAAAUAAUUUAAGUUUGUGAUCAUCUAGACAACUUUCAGGUCUAAAAGUCUGAAAAAAUAUUUAAACAUAAAGAAAUCAGAAUACUUAA